AUGGAGAAAUGCGUCACCGCAAAUCUAGCAACGUACCCCCUCCGCCUUCUUGCGACGAGAGCACAAAUCGAGCAAAGCAGUGUCUACCAGGAUGAACCCCGCGCAGACCUGUCAGAGCUAUAUACCGGGGCGGCGGUUGAUACGUUGAGAAGCGUUGCGGACAGAAUCCUCUUCCAGACGAUCUAUACAUAUCUCCGAAAGGAGGGUGUGAGUGAGGGUGUGAGCAUCAUCCUCGCGGAAGGUAUCACGAAAGCCUUGACGAGCCCGUUCUCCACGAUCGUGACGAGACAGAUCUGCUGGAAGAAACCAGUUGGGGAUGUUCUGCGGGAUCUCCUGCGGGGAAACGAUGGAAUCAAGGCCUUGUGGAGGGGUUAUCCCAUUUGUCUCCUUGAGGGGAUGAUCUUGCACUUUCGAAAGAAGAAAUCUCUUCCCAUCCUUACUCUCGCUCUCAUUACAGCACUGAUAUACCCCCUCUCCGUCAUCAAGACAAGACUGCAAGCAGACCCUAGGAACCGGCCUUGUCUACUACGCAUUACUUGGCUAAAUCUGGCGGGUCUCCCUCUUGAAAUCCUUCGGGUCUGUCUCUUCCAUCACCUUUCUCAGACAGAUACUUCUCCUGCUUAUCGUCUUCUCGCUCUCCGGCUUCCUACCGGAUUCACCGAUAUCAACCUUGACACCCUCUCUCACGAUCCCCGCGUUCUCGAUGAAACCGCAGAGUUGGUCCAUGAUUAUGUCGAGGAGGGAUAUCUCUAG